AUGGGGAGGCCUCCUUGCUGUGACAAAGCCAAUGUCAAAAGAGGCCCUUGGACACCUGAGGAAGAUGCUAAGAUUCUAGCCUAUGUAUCGCGUCAUGGAAUCGGUAACUGGACUUUGGUUCCUCAGAAAGCUGAUCCUCUGACUCACAAGCCCUUCUCUCAGAUCUUUACUGAAUUUGGAAAACUCAGUGGCCUCCCCAGCAUCAGAAACCAGAAUGCUGCUGAGCCAACAUCGAAUUCGGAUCCCUUUUCACUCAAUCAGGAAGUUCCAAAUGCCAACAAUAUUGGCAACAUCCGGAUGAUGGAACAAUACGAUCAUCAUUCAUCAUCAGUUGGUGGUGUCAAUGUCCCAAAUGAAAUUGCAAGAUCUCAUUUUCGCCUCAACAGUCAAGAAACUAUUCAGCCAUAUUUCGCACACGAAAUCUCCUCUUCGAUUUCAUCUGCAUCAUCAUCAUCCGCGAGUAGUUCUAUCUACUUUGGCUCGCAAUCGCUCUCAAGCGAACCAUCUCAUCAGCUUCAGUUGGGACCGAGUUCGCCUCCUAUCUGGAACGAAUCCAUCGACCAUUUCCUAUCCUCAGAUGUUGAGCAGAAACAGGAAGAUUGCAAAGUUGAGGGCACUUCAUCUUUGAGCAGUUCUCCUACUCCAGCAGCUCACAGUUUCAUCCAUAAAGCCGAAAUUGGCAUGAUUGAUCAUACUCCAAAUGUUGAGGCUGCCAGUUCUUUUCUUGAUAAAAAACCUGAUCACUCCAUGGAAGCUUCUUCUUCAUCAGCUGCUGUUGAUUCAUUUGUGGAUUCAAUCUUGGCCCGUGACAGCCAGAUGCAGCUGGAAUUCCCUGAACUUUUGGAUGGAUAUGGUUUUUACUGA